AUGAAGGAGAGACAUCGAAAAGCCAUAAAAAACUUAGAACUUAUUGAGCUUCAUGAGUUCAUGGCACGAUUAGAGAACAUAAGUAGGUCUCCUCAUGACCAUUUCCUAAAAUAUGACCAUUUUUGUCAUGAGUUCGCAUGUUUACUGGAAAAGAAACCUCCUUUUUCAGAUGCUCCUUUUGCCAUUGCUGACAUGGUGAAUGUUCAUGCUUAUAAAGCCACUGAACAUGUGACUUUCUUGGGUCUAUUGGCCACCAAUCAGGAGUGGCACAUUGUGAAGAAUCAUGAGGUCAUAGUCGAGUAUCGUCCUUUUCUUGAAACCCACCAUUCCAAAGUGCAAUCUUCUAGACGAAAAGGCCUCCUAAAAAGCCGAGAUGAGGUAAACGAUUUGAAGCUUAUCCGAUCAAGUCAUCCCCAAAAACAUCAAAAUGGUUGCAAUCAAAAGUGCUUAUUUCUAACUCUCCUUCUAAGAAAUCUACAAACUCUGCCUUUGCAUUCUCAUGCUGACACUUCUGUGGUCUCUGAUGUUCUUAAAGGCAAAGGUCAAGUUUUCGGUCUGCCUCUUGUUCCCAUUCUGCCUACAUCUCCAUCUCCUCUGGCCUCUGAAGAAGCUCCUUUAGUUCUCCCAGAUUUUAGCGGUAUGCUCUCCCACCUCAACUUUCUCAGGUCGUCCAAAACUCAUCCUCCCAAAACAGCCCUGGGUACAUCCUCUCAAGUUGUCUCAGUUGCUAAAUAUGUGAAGGCUCUAUAUGAAUCUUUAGUCAAUAUGUUUGCAACAGAGUUCUGGAGAAGUGGGUGGACUACUGAUUUGGAGAAAAUGGCGGAUGAGAUUUUGGCUGAUCCUUCUCUUAAAAACAAUGAAGCAACAUAUCUGCAGGGACUAUCUUAAGGAUUUAAGCAGGAUUGGAAGCUCUAUUCCUAAAGACAUUAACAUUCUAGAUUCAACCUAGCAGUUCCUUGACAUUCACAAAGCUUCUUUUGAGAAAGUAGAUGUUGUUCAACCUAAACUGGAACGUCUGAUGGAGGCUACAACAGCUUCUUAGGCCAAGAUAAAUUUCCUAGCUGAGCAGAUCAAUAGCCUGCGAGAGGAAAAAUAGAAAGAGAAAUAGUUGAUGGAGUCCAGCGCUCGGGAGUUUAAAGAACUCUUUGGGGAAGUUGCUCAGUUGGAUGAAGCUCUUCAAGACUCUAAACCCCGUGUUAAAGUAUGGCAAAGGGACAUACUAGAAGUCUCCCAUCAACUAUCUCAACUGGAUUUCAAACUCCAAGCUGGUUGGUUCUAGUUGGCUGACUAUUUUAACCUUGAGGCUGGUGAGCCUGAUAAGCCUAAGUGUAAUGC